GACGUCGCCGGGAAAGGAAGUGCGUGACGAUGUGAGGAAUUUCCCCCAUUCUUACCAUUUCGAUGUUUUAAACCUCUCCAGCUCAGGCUUGUCGGGCUGACAACGAUGGCAGCCGCUCGGGGAGGAGUCAAAGACCGCAUCGUCCAUGAAAUAGGCAGAGCCAUAAAGCAGGCCCAGCUGGAAUGGUGCGGCGUCGGGUGCGUGCGCGCGUGCACGGGGCGGUGGCUGGUGCUGAGCCUGGACGCCGCCCUCCUGCACGGCCUCCACGCCCUCAACAAAGGCUACUGGCCCGUCGUGGCCUCGCUGCUCGACAAGGACACCCUCGCCACCGUCAUGAGUCUGCCCUACGCCACCAAGCCGCUCACCAGAGGUCGUGCGUGGAUUUGCCUGUGCUUGAACGAGGGACAGCUGGAGAGCUACCUGCACGUCCUGACCACUCACCAGCUGUUACUGGGGUCGCACUACGGGUCCCAGGCGCUGCUGAGGGACCCCCAUAGGACGCACCUCCUCCUCAUGCUGGCCGCGGGACUGGAGCACAUCCGAUUCACCAUUCCUGUGGAUAUUCCGGGAUGGCUGGCUUCAGGGGGUAGUAUGAGCAGCUCUUCGGCCACCAGCAUGUCUGUGAGCAGUAUGGGGUCAUCCAUCCCUUCCCCCUCGCAGCAUGACUUUCCAGACCUUGAUACUACAUGCUCAGAGGCCCUCGAGGAGAGCUGGCAUUCCAUUGAAGGGGAGUUACCUGUCUUUCAAGCUACAUGUGAACAGUUGGACACAUCCAUAGAAAUAGAACACAUAGCCAAGGGCUCUAAGAAGAAGAGGAGGAGCAGGUCAUCAUCGCAGAGCUCCUCCAGAGUGUCAUCGGGGGGCACGACGCCCACUGAUGCCAAGAGCACAAACCAUAGCACGACGAAAGUGCCAAAGGAUGAAAGUGGAGAGAUGGGUCACCGGCACAGUACCUCCACGGCGACCACCAUAACAGGCACACAAACCAGGACAACAUCUACCAUCCCUUGGGACUCCUCCUCGUCUUCCUCCCCGACCAUUACGACCGCGGAAGGAACACCAAAGCAAAACUGUGAUAACUAUGAUAGGAACGUCAACAACCUCAACUGCGAGAGCAAGGGAGACGGGCAGGAGAAAGGGUACAAGGAGAAGAGCGAGAAUGGGGACGGACUCGCCAACACGCUCGAAAACAGGAAUGUGAAUACCACCUGCAACGGGACCGAUGAUGGGAACAGCAAACAGAUGGGGAACGAGGUGCGGGGGGACGAAGUGACUGUGGUGCGAAGGGGGAGGCUGCCCAAUGCCAAGAAUGUGGAGAAAAGGGUCUCUUUCACCGAUAUUUCUGACCUGGAGCAGCACAAGCCUCAACACAAUCGGCUCAGUCUCUGCGGAUAUUCUGAGAUUCGUGAUCUGGGUGAUCUCCGUGACUUGCUUUCCAACCUGAAGGACCGAGGGCUGCUUCCAACAUCUAUAGCAUUAGAUGAACUCUUUACCAGCCUUGAUCAGUCUACCCCUUCCUUGAGUGAGCGAGCUCCACCAGAGGGCCAGGAGGACCCUCCCCUACACCAGUCCAUCAUCAGCCUUACACCGAGCAAUGCAGAUGAUGAUAGCAACAACAACAACAGUGGGACAGACAUCUCAAGCGACAUGUGGAAGUGUCUCCCAGGGGAAAAGCAGGAGCAGGGGGUGUUAUCAGCAGCAGUGGUGCAGCGAACCAACAUCAUCGACGGGCUGAGAUGGGAAGAGCUAACCAAGAUGGGACAUGAGCUGCUGGAGAAGGCCACAACAGACCCUAGUAUCCUGGACAGCCAGCAAGUCACGUCCACCAGAGCCUUGCUGAGCCAGGAACAGCUGGCCACAGGGACAAGACCCAAGCAGAAGCAGCUGAUGGCCAUUAGGGCAGAGGCCCAGAUGCAGAGAGAUGGGAUGGGGAGAUUACAGGGCAGGAGGUCCAAGUCGAUGCUCUCAUCUGACGAGAGGAGGAUGCUCUACAAGAAGAGCUUUCGCAAGGAUAAGGCUCCCCCAAGUCUGUACAUUCCAGUCAAAGUCGAUGGCAAAAAAUUUAGGGAAGAGGAAAGGCGCCUUGCCCUGGAGGUUGCUCAGGGGCAGUCGAACCUUGUAACCCCGGGCAGAAUUAUGGAUUAUAAGUUGGAUGAAUGGAUUAUGACACAUGUGCUAGCAGUGCCUGAAGAGAAGCUCUAUCGGGUGUUUGCUGCUCGAGAGGGUCACAGUAGUGGGCACAGCAUAGGAGUCCAGGUUGUCUUAUCAACACAGACGCUCUAUAUACUGGCACCAAGACUGAAGGGAUCCAAACCUCGACAUAUUCUACCUUAUCAUGAUAUUCACACCAUCAUAGUUGGGGCCAAUGAUCAGUGGGUUUGUGUGUUGAGCAAGGAAGCAGUGCAUGAUGACCUUGCCACCACAGGCAACAACACUGGCAUUCAGUUAGACAUUGGCGACCCUGAUGUGACUCAUGCCAUCGUGAGUUGCCUUGAGUUGGCUAUUAGGAGGCACUUUGCUGCUCUCAAACUAGGAGCAGCAUUCAAGAAGGAAGAAACCUACAUUGAUUACCGAGACUUAUUCCCACCGGGGAAAUUGAAGCUCACUCGUUCUAUCACCAGAGAGUGUGAAGACAAUUUAUCAAAUUCUUUGUUAGAGGAAUCUCUGCUCAAUGCGUGGGACACAAGGAAAAACUCGGCUGAUCACAGUCACGAGUCCUCUGAAGUAACGCAGGACCUUUCAGCCGCCACUCCGGGGUCGGUCGUCAGUCAGGACUUGAGUGAGGCCAGUCAGGACCUCACCGAGGCUAGUCAUGACCUGACUGAAGAGAGUCAUGACCUUACGGAACCCAGCCAUGAUCUUACCGAGGCCAGUCAUGAGUUAAUUGAAGACAAUUCUGACUUAACUGAAGCCAGUCAAGAUAUAUCUGAAGCUAGUCAAGAUAUGACAGAAACAAGUCAGGAUUCCAGUGAGGCCAGUAAUGAUUUGACAGACCCAAGUCCUGAGUCUGUUGACGAGAGUCCAGACAUGACUGAUGCUAGUCAAGCCUCAGUUGAUGCCAGUGAAGAAGACAUACUUAAUGAAAGCCAAAGUCCAAGAUCAAUGGAAGGAAGCCAACAGUCUUCCUACAUGAGUCAAACACAGUCAAGCAGAACACAGAUACACUCAAAGAUGAUCCAGACGUCAGUGAACACCAGCCAGGAGUCGUACCCAGAGGAGAGUGAAGUACCAGCCAAUAAGAAUGAAGUUGCAGUAGUGCAGGAGGAAGAAAAGGAGUCAGAAAAUGGAAAUAUCACAGAGAAGGAAGAAGACAAAGUUGAGGAGUUGGAGGAGGAAACCUGUCCUGCACAUAUCCACCUGGAAAAACAGUAUGGCAUGUCCAUAUACGCAGGUGGUUAUUCACGCUGGAAUGGGACUCUCCAUGACCGAAGUCUGCCUGCUGUUGUGGUCCAUCCAGCCUGGGAAUUGGCUGGGCUGAGAAGGUGGUUGAGGGCCCAGCUGCGACUACAGAGUGGGCCAGAGGUGGUUGGGUGCUGGAUGGCCGACUGGGAGGACGGCAGCAGCCUGGGCGGGGAUGCCGUGUCUGGGCCCCUGGGACCGACCAACGAGGGGCCGCUGAUGUUCAAGCCUCCAGGGAUCUUGUCCUCGUGGAGACCCGCCUAUUUCAUCCUCAAAGCUGGUGUUCUAUACCAGUUUAAUGAUGCCCGGGAGAGACUGCCUCACAUGAUUGUCGAGGUCGUGCAGUGCGUAGGCUGUGUGCGCAUAUCUUCAAGUCACCGGCCCUAUGCUUUCCAGUUACUGAGGAAGAAAGCGCCUCCUGUGAUGCUCGCAGCAUCUGACGAACAUGAGGCCUCCCUGUGGCUCCAGGCUUUCCUCAUGAUUAUCAACAAUGGGGUCCCAGACGUGAGUGAACGUAAGCAGGUCUCGUGCAGAGUGAUCCUGCUGGAGUCGGGGGUGUUGCUAGCUCAGCAGUCAGACCUAAUACUGGCUCUUCCGCAAGACGAUGGCCCUUCCUCCUUUGACCACCAGAGUGCUACCGACCCUAGAUCCUCCGCAACAAACCUGCAGCAGUCUCAGCAGCAGGCUUUGGCCUCAUCUCCCAGACAUUCACAAACAGCUCAAGCACAGUUGGAGAGGAAGGACUCUCAGAAGCCCCUGAAUCUGGCCCUGUCCAACCUCAAGGAGCGCAAGCACCUAAGUUCCUCGCUCACAGCCCUCAAUCGCACCAACAGCACUCCCUCAAUGCCCGGCAGCCCCCUAAAGCGUGCAAACAGUGUCAACAAAACCUCGACCCCAAAGAAACUCCAGCACCAAGGAAGCCUGACGAGACUGACAGACUACGGAUCCCCGGAUGUCCAGGCGAGCUCAAGUGCAAAGGAUGAAAAGGACCCGUCACCCCUCGUUAAAAAGAACAAGGAGGUGUUAGCGAGGAGCAACUCUGCACCAAGAAGAAUGUUGGACGAGAUUACGCAGGGAAUCCAGGCCAAGGGAGAUGUCAGAGUCCUCACCUACAGCGCCCUGGAACACCUGUCUUCGCUGUUCCUGUAUGCAGAGUGUCCAAACACAUGUCUGAUGGAAUUUGAGUGCAGUGAAGCUGGAGAGAUCUCUGGUGACUGGGCUCUCUACUUCCGCACUGGCAGUCAGCUGCAUGAGUUCAUCACUACCUUGUCUCGAACUUGGAGCAGCAUGUUUGAGAUGGAGUUUCCUGUGCGAACUGUGGAGGAUGCAGGAGUGCAGCAGUACCUUCUUGAAGGCUCACAAAUCUCCACAAGUGGAUGGUCCUCUUACCAUUUGUAAAUAUAUCAUACGGUCUCAUUUCUAGGCAUUACACUUUACUUCAAUAUCCCUUGCUCCCAUACCCCUCCUCUGUUCCUGUUUCAUGCGUUAGGAUAAGCAUAAAGAAUAUAUAUAUACAUACAAUAUAUUGAGUUGUAAAUGUGCUUUUAAGUAUAUUGUGGAUAAAUUUAAAUAGUGCAACUGCUACAGUUUGUACAGUUACUCUUCCUCAAUAUAUGCAGUAGUUUAUAUGUGAUAUAACAUACCAGAAGUUGCAGUUAUUUUAGGGUUAGAUCCUUGGAAAAGACAGGAAACUGGGUUGAGCCGUCAGUGCUGAGUUUAUAAGCUUUGUAAAUUAUUUGUUCUCUAGUCAUGUUAUGAUACUGAGCUUUAAUCUAUCUGUUCCUCUGUAUACCCCCUAUACAAGUAUACAUAGCCUGAGGUACUGCAGAUUCCUGAUGUGAAUUGAAAGAAGGAAAAGUCCUUUUUUUAUAUUUCGGUGUUGAACUGGACGCAGGGGGAAGACCUGCCUAGUGGUAAUGUGCCUAUUAUGUCAUACUGUGUUUGCAAGAAUUUAAAAGUUUAUUUCCUUUCUGUUUAUUUAUGAUUUUUUUACGGUUUGUAUUUUUUUAACACGUGGAAAUAUUAGAUUGUAUUAGACUAUAUUGGAAGUAUAUGUAAAAUAUUUUGUAGUAAGAAAAGUAAAUGGACUUGUAUCUAUGAUAAUGCCUAAGGUAAUGUGUAUACCUAUAAUUAUGAAUGUCUCCCAUGUGUGUAUACCUAUUUUCAUUUCAUUUUCAUUGGGGCGUGUAAAUAAGGGGAUUCAUCAGAUAGCAUGAAAGAGAUAAGAAACAAAAGAUUCCACAGAGAACUACAGAUGGAAUGUCUGAUUAAUGACUUCUCUCUGGUUAAGUGUAGCUUAAGUGAGUGUGGAAGUACCUUUAGAUAUCUUACGAUAGGUAAUUCUGUUCCUUCUAACAUCAUUCACUUUUCUGAAAACAUGGAGAUGAUUAGAAGCCAGUGGGGAUUUGCAUUUGCAUCGUCCUUUUUCUGUUUUUAUCGCUCUUGCCAUUUUGCUUUUCCUUUCCUUGUAUUCUUUUCCUUUUUCGAAGACCUCCGUCCUCCACAGACUCAUUCAAGGUGCAAAACCUAAAAAAGAAAAACAAAAAAAAAAAAAAACUUGUGCACUCAUUAAUCGGCAGCAUCAAAGUGUACCAUCAUCUCACGCAAAUAUGUCUUAGGUUUGUAGCUUUUAUACAGAUUAUGCUUGUGAUUGGUAGUUCACACGCAGUCAUUCAUUUCAGCAGCAGCUUUAACUAGGGUAUGGCAUUUCGUGAGAGUGCAGUGCAUAAACACUCGUAUUGGAAGCUUGUCGUUCUACCUAAGUUAUUUUUGUAGUGUUGCUGGAUGUACAUAGGUUAGGGAGUAUGUUGUGAUAAAAGUGCGAAAUGGGUAUGUGUAUAGGAGGGUAAUGUUUACCAAAAUUCGGGAAAUGGAGUUUUGUAAAGGAGAAGGAGCUGCAUUUUUAUUUUUUAUUUUAUUGUUUGCUUUUUACUUUUCUUUUGUGUAUUUAGAUGCUGUGAAGAGUUUUGUGGGAUAGGUUUUCCAUACUAAUACACAACAUAAAUUAACAAAGCAUUCACUCACACACAAAAAAAAUAUGAUAGAAAAGGAAAUCAUAUGUAAGAAUGCAAUAUGUUUUCUUCUUUAUAGAGUAAAGAAUUUUAAUAUAAAAUGUUUGAAGAAAAUGAAAGGCAUUCUUCAAGGAAAACCUGACCUUCUUGGCCGUAGGUCUGGGAGGGGAGAUGCAUAUUCGUUCUGAUAACUAAUGUGAAUAGAUUUGUUGAAUGCAUGAGUGCCUCCAUAAUUUAAUUCCUUAAGCAUUUAUUUUCCACCUGGUUUUUCGAAGUCAGUGUUUUACUAUUAUUGUUUUUUAAUGUAGAUGAAUACUUAAAGCUUUCUUGAAAAAUGAUGGUGCAGCCUCAGUUGUGGUUUUGGUUAAGCAUCUAACUUUGUUGAAAAUGAAGGGGUGGAAAAUAAGGUCUGUUUUGCAAUCUGUGUGAGAUUAUUUAUUUGUUAUUUUUUAUUAUUUACUUCAUGGUGGAGUAUAAUAAUUUAUCAUUAUUAUUAUUAUUAUUAUUAUUAUUAUUAUUAUUAUUAUUAUUAUUGUUGUUUUUCAUUAUUGUUGUUAUUCAUUAUUGUUGUUAUUAUUAUUAUUUGUAGUAGUAUUUAAUAAUGUUAAAUUACUGUGGUCAGGACUGAUUGAAUCUCAUAACAGUACCUUGCUGAGACUGGAGUAUGAGUUGGUUGAACUUGUUUCUUUUCUGCUAUGUCUUGUUUUAAAGUCUCUUUUGUGUUCAGAUUUAUAGAUAUAUAUUUUUUAGCUACCGUAUAUUUUUUAAAAAUUGUGCCUUGUUUCAUGUGUUUUUUAGAUGAUGUGUGGAUAGUAAGUUAUUUAUUUUUGGGACUGUGUGAGACACAUUUUCAUCUGCAGUAUAUGUAAAACCAAAACUUUCAUUCUAAAAAAAGAAAAGAAAAAAUGGAUGGUAAUUUCAUUUUGCUACUCUUUCUCAUUCUGAUAUUAUAACAUCAGCAAAAUGUGAGUAUCUAUAUUAGAUUUCACUUUCAUGUCACUGUCAAGCUAAUUCUGAGAUAGGGGUGAGGAUAACUCAAGUUACUCAUCCUUUUGAGAUUUAAGCUUUUGUCUCAAUAAACUUGUCAAAGUUAAAAAAGUCUGAUAUUAGUUCGAACAUGACAGCUAACUACCAUUUUAGUUUAUCUUCCUUGCUCCUAAUCUACUUGAUCUGAGUCUCUCUUUUAUUUUCUAUCAGUUGUUUGUAGUAAUAUUAAUUUUUUUUUUUUACUACUCACUAGUUUUAUAUUCUUUGUGGCUAAUAUUCUGUGUGGCCUGUCAACGAGACAGAGGGUGGUUUAGAGUGGAUAUGUGAAAGGGUUCUUAGCUUUUGGGUUUAUUGCACUUCGAGGAAGGUGGUUGUGUGAUCCCCGUCUCCCUGGGUGAUACCUCUGGUGUUGGGGGUGUUUUUUUGUGAUGGUUCCUUGUGUGAGGUCAGGUGCUUGUUUCCACCUGUUGGAGUAUCGGAUUCAUUUGGCAAUAGUGAAGGGGAUGAGUUUGCGGGUCCUGCUCUAGUGGGAGAUGUAGGUCAACCAGAAGGCACUGGCUUUGGUUCAGCUCAAAGAGGAACUUUGAUAAGGAGGCUUAGCUUUGCUUGGCUGAGGAGAGAUGUGUGAAGCACCACCAUCUAGACUUGUUGGCUGCUGUUAAUAUGGCCUUUAGUGAUAUCCAUUUUAUGUGAUCCAGGUGUAUUGUGCUGUCAUGAAUUCAUUAAAAGGAAUGGCAGGUUAAAGAAGGUUUGUAUCUGUAAAUAGACAUUGUGAAAAUAUUUACAUUUUGGAGUUAUCGUUUACAUUUCACUGUUGUGAAGGUUUAUUUGUGCUGGAAACUGUUAAGAUAUCUGAAGUCUAAAGCAUUUUUGUGGAUUUCUGGACAAAUACUUGGUGCAGUUUACAGAAGUGGUAGGCUCAGGGUUGUAUUACUUAGAGUUAUUUCCAUUACAGUUAUGAUAGUGAAGAGUGCCAAAUUAUAACUUUAUAUUGAAAUAAGAUGUUGAAAACUCACAAUAACAUUGAAAAUGUGCAGUUCUAGUUUUCAUCUUUUUCACUGAAAUGUGAGAACAUCAUUAAUAUUUUUUUUCUUGAAUUGGUGUUAGUUUGUCCAGCAAUGCAAGACAAAUCUUUUGUUCUUUGUCUGACAGGUGUUGUUACUCCACUACAGUUCUAAAUUCAGGGGGUUUGAUACUUAAAACAGUGCUGAGAGACGUUUACUGUCCAACUGUAAUGGCUACAAAUAAGUAUGGUAAUUGAUGAAAAGCUCCUUGGCGUGCAGUAUUGGGAAAAAGAUUAAGGAUAGACAGUUUUAAUCUUAAUUCAAAUGCAAUUUCUUGCUGAAUUUGUUUUGAAAAUAUCUUUUGCAAGAACUUUUAAUGGAUGACUAUUUAAAAUUUCCAAUGAUGACCCAUUUAUGGAAAUAAGUGAUUUGUAUAGUUUUUGGCAACUUUCAUAUAUAAAAAGAUCAAUUUAGAGUAUAUAAAAAGCUUUUGACAAAGAAGUUGAUAAUUUGGGAAAUAUAGAAGUAUAGACUAAAUGAACUUACAGAUGAAGGAAGGGACUUGGAAUGAAAAAGCUUUUGUCUUUAUCGAUAUAAUGCUACUUAUGUGUCCCUGAUAUCUUGGUCAUAGAAUCCAAAAUGUUACUAUAUCUUCCAGAUCGAAUUUUGUGAAGAACUUAUGAAGUAUUCUGUUUUCAUAAUUUUUUUCGUGCAUUAAAUGUACAUAAAUUGUAAAUUCAGUGGCUUUCUUUUUUAUGGUAGAUUCUGUUUUUUAAAUUAUUGCUGCAUUUCUUAUCAAGUUGAUAGUGGAGCAUCUUUCAGAAUUUGCUUAAAUGGAAUUCUGAGACCCUGAACGAAAAUUCCAGUGAAUUUUGAACCACUCCUUUCGGGUAAAAGUGAUACUCUGCAUGUAUAGUAUGUGUUGGAUCAUACAUGUGUAGUGGACUUCUGGCUGUAUGCUUUGGAUAAUAUUGGGUUAUUUCUAGAUUUUUAUUUUCUUCUUCUUCAUUUUAUUCUUCCUUUU